UCCAAAUCUAGCCGUUGCAGCCUCGCCUCAGUCACUCCACGGCCAACCCCGCCCCGCUCCCCCGAGGAUUUUUCUUUCUUUCUCGUCGUCUCCUCUCUGUCUCUCCCUCUCCCCUUCGCGUCUGCGCGACCGAAUUCAAACUCUCUCCAGAUCUCUCCUUCCACCGAAGCACGCCGCCGUCUCGCAGGAAUCUCCCCAGCAGUCGGCGGCGUCCUCGGUCCUCCUCCGUUGUACCGGACUGGACUGGAUUGAUCUCGGUACCCUUCUCCGCAAUAACUUUGCUGAGUUCCUGCCUUCUCCUUCUAGGUACACUUCAGAUUGAAGGAACUCCUUGUAGUUUACAACAGACAACGAGCGUUAGAAGAAAUGAGUGCAUCGAGAACGCCAGGCACCCCUGCAUCAAAGAUUGAACGCACACAGCUGCCAACCCUUACCCCAGGUGGCAGCUCCAGGUCUAAGGAGGAGAAGAUAUUUGUUACAGUUAGGGUGCGACCAUUGAGCAAGAAGGAGCUGGCCGUGAAGGACCAAGUAGCAUGGGACUGCGCUGAUAGCCACACAAUCUUAUACAAGGCCCCCCCACAGGACCGGGCUGCGCCAACAUCAUAUACUUUUGAUAAGGUGUUUGGGCCGACUUGCCAGACAGAUUUGGUAUACGCAGAUGGAGCUAAGGAUGUUGCUAUGUCUGCAUUGACAGGCAUUAAUGCCACAAUUUUUGCCUAUGGUCAGACUAGCAGUGGCAAAACAUUUACCAUGAGAGGCGUGACAGAGAGUGCCGUCAGUGAUAUUUACGGACACAUAGAAAAUACUCCUGAGAGGGAAUUUAUUAUCAAGAUAUCUGCUAUGGAAAUCUAUAAUGAGAUCGUGAAGGAUCUUCUACGACCUGAAUCGAGCCCCCUUCGCUUGUUAGAUGAUCCUGAGAAAGGAACCAUUGUGGAGAAGUUGGAAGAAGAAAUCGUCAAAGACAGACAACAUCUAAGACAUCUAAUCAGCAUUUGUGAAGAGCAAAGACAUGUUGGGGAAACUGCACUAAAUGACACUAGUUCUCGUUCCCACCAAAUCAUUAAACUGACAGUUGAGAGUAAGCUCCGUGAAGUGACAGGAUGUGUCAAAUCUUUUGUUGCUAGUCUGAAUUUUGUUGACCUAGCUGGAAGUGAACGGGCUGCACAAACAAAUGCAAUUGGUGCCAGAUUAAAAGAAGGAUGCCACAUAAACCGCAGCUUGUUGACUUUGACUACUGUCAUACGGAAGUUAAGCUCAGAGAAAAGAAGUGGGCACAUACCUUAUCGGGAUUCAAAGCUCACACGUAUUUUGCAACUUUCUUUGGGUGGAAAUGCACGGACAGCCAUUAUCUGUACUAUGAGCCCUGCCCUAACACAUGUAGAACAAUCGAGAAAUACUUUAUUCUUUGCAACAUGUGCCAAGGAGGUCACAAAUACUGCAAAAGUUAAUAUGGUUGUAUCUGAUAAGCAACUUGUGAAGCACCUUCAGACUGAAGUUGCUAGGCUAGAAGCAGAACUGAAGACCCCUGACCGUUCCUCCUCUUUUGAGAUCCUCAUAAUGGAAAAGGAUAGGAAGAUUAGACAUAUGGAAAAAGAAAUUGAGGACCUCAAGAAAGAACGGGAUAAUGCAUGGUCACAACUUGAAGAACUACGAAAGAAGACGGGUGAUAACCAGCAAGGCUGGAAUCCCUUUGACUCACCACAGAAGGCCCGGAAGUGCCUCACAUUUUAUGGAUCCCUGCAGCCAAGUAACGAGAUUAAGAUAACGAGUUCAGUUAGGCAAUCAUCCACUGCUCCAUUUAUGCUAAAGCAUGAAAUUCGCAAGCUUGAACAGCUGCAACAACAGCUUGAAGUUGAAGCGAACCGAGCUAUUGAAGUACUGCACAAGGAGGUCGAAUGCCACAAACAUGGCAACCAAGAUGUAGCAGAAACUAUUGCUAAACUUCAGGCAGAAAUCAGGGAUAUGCAAUCUGUUAGAUCUGAGAGCAAAGAUGUUGAAAUGAUUACUGAUGAAGGAAAUGGGCCUGAUUUGAAAAAUGAGAUUACUAGGCUUCAUAAGCAAGACAAUGAUAUUGCUAACCUUGAGGCCAAGCUGGAGAAUGUACAGAAGUCUAUUGAUAGAUUGGUGAUGUCACUUCCAAAUGUUAGCACACAGUGUAAUGAGACUACUCCAAAGUCCAACAGGUCAAAGAAGAAGAUGAGGAUGCUUCUUCCACUGGGCGUGAGCAAUGUGAACAGACCAAAUCUAAUAAGAGCACCUUGCUCUCCUAGUAUGCCUUCAGAGUCAGAUGUUGAGAACAGGGCUCCAGACAGUGACACCGUGUCCCAUGAGGGUUCAGAAAAAGCUACUCCCAUCAAAAGUGAAGACACUGGAGACAUAUCAUCACGUGAUGAAACGCCACGAAAUAGGCGAUCUAGCUCAGUAAACAUGAGGAAGAUGCAGAAAAUGUUCCAAAAUGCUGCUGAAGAAAAUGUACGAAGCAUCAGGGCUUAUGUCACUGAGUUGAAGGAGAGGGUGGCAAAACUUCAAUACCAGAAGCAGUUGCUUGUCUGCCAGGUCUUGGAGUUGGAAUCCAAUGAAGGCAAACCAAAUGAUAUGGAAGAUCAAGAGGAAAAUGCCGGAUGUCUACAGGAUAGUCCUGAUUCAUGGAACGGAUUAUUUAAGGCACAAAUGCAGCACAUUAUCCAAUUGUGGGAUCUCUGUCAUGUAUCCAUCAUACACAGGAGUCAGUUCUACCUAUUAUUCAGGGGUGAUAUAGCUGACCAGAUAUACAUCGAGGUUGAAGUUCGAAGAUUGACAUGGCUGCAACAGCAUUUUGCUGAGGUGGGUGACGCAAGCCCUGCUCCUGGCGAUGACCUUGCAGUUUCCAUAGCUUCAUGCAUGAAGGCAUUGAGAAAUGAGCGAGAAUUUCUUGCAAGAAGAAUGAGGUCGAGGCUCACAGAAGAAGAACGGGAGGCCCUCUUCAUGAAAUGGCAGGUACCCAUCGAGGCGAAGCAGCGGAAGCUGCAGCUUGUCAACAAGUUGUGGACAAACCCCAACGAUCAAGCGCACAUCGAGGAGAGUGCUGAUACAGUGGCCCGGUUGGUCGGUUUCUGCGAGGGUGGUAAUAUCAGCAAGGAGAUGUUUGAGCUCAACUUUGCAAGUCCUGCAAGCAGGAAGCCAUUUCUGAUGGGUUGGCAGCCAAUAUCAAACAUGAUUAAGGAGAAAGCUCAACUAUGGUAAAACAAUAAGAAAAACUGUCCACCCCUUUACUUCACUGCAAUGCUCAUCUCGGGCGUGUACAAAGCUAUCUAAUUCAGAGCUGCCGAUUACAGCAGAUAUUUUCGAAGUUUUGCUCUUAGUGCAUCUCUCUCUCUCUCUCUGAGUGAAAUCAUCAGCAUUGUGAAGCUCACAGAACUGUAAAAGGGAAAGUUGAUUCGAGUAAAAAAGGAAUGCUUGAUACGAGUUUCUACAAGGGUAACUCUAUCACAGGUGGCGUUGUCAAGCUUUCCUCACCGGCCACUGUUGACAACAUAGCUUCUGUUUCCCCAUUGGUCAAACUCCCAUUGUAUUCAUCCACCGUAGUCUUCUGUUUCCCCAUUGGUCGCUUGAUUUCUUGGUAGGCUGCUGCUUUGUCUUUGGGAUCCAUAGCAGGUGUGCUCCCAGUGUUGUCAGGUUCCUUGAUACAGCACUAAUACGUAUCAUUUUGAAGGUCCUCGUCGAUGUCCAAAUCAAACGAGGACAUUCUCCAA